AUGUUCCAGAAAAAGCCGCCAUCGCCGGACCCCACGACCGCCAAGAAGGAAGAAAAAACCCCAUCAGCCGGCCGGGAUUCCGACGACCCGCCGGAAAACCCGCUGCCGGUCGGGCGGCACAUGCGGGCAGCGUCGUGCAGCGAGCAGCACCGGCGGUCGAACUCAGGGGCUUCGAAGCUUGUGUCGAGCGUGAGCAUGAAGGUGAAGGAGAAGGAGAAGAAGAAGUUGAAGCACGAGGACUCGAUAUGGAAGAAGACGAUAAUAUUGGGGGAGAAGUGCCGAGUGCCGGAAGAGGAGGACGACGAGACUAUAUUCUACGACGAGAAAGGGAACAGGAUUCCGGCAUACCAUCACCGGAAAAGCCACAGUGGGGCCCUCUCGUUUUCCCGGCCGAGUGUCGAUUAUCUGGAAGAUUUAUCAAGAAAAUAA